AUGCUACCUUCGAUAAAUAAUAUUGAGCAUGUUUAUGAUAACAAAGAACAUAUUGGUCAAUCCAUAUCUCCUCAAUAUAAUUAUAAUGGUAAUACUGAAAAUGGAUCAUCUGAUGUAGUUGUUGAUGAAAAUAAUUUAGAUGAAAAUCAACGAUUAGUUGUUAUUAAUGAAUCUCAACCAUUAACUAGGUGUAGUGUACUUUAUUUGGGUGCUGCUAUUCCAUUAUUAGAUAAACAUGGUAUUGAUUCUAUACAAGAACCAUUAUCGAAACGAUAUCCAGUCGAUGGUAAAGAAUUUAUUCAAGGUAUUGAAAUAUGGUUAUCUAUUGAUGAAAAUGGUUUACAAAUACAAUAUGCUUCUGAUCCAUCACUUAUGAUUUAUUAUCCAAUUCGUUCUCUCGUCUAUUGUGCAAGUGUACGUCGUAUAAUACGGAGUACAAUUGGUGAAGAAUUUCAAAAUGGUUUGGGUUUUGUUCCAUUAGAUUAUCCAGAAGUUAAUUAUACAGACAAUUCACGAAAUCCACCAUUAUUUGCUGUUAUUUUUCAACGAACACGUCAUUUACCUGUAUAUGAAUGUCAUUGUUUUGUUGUAAAAUCUACACAAGAUGCAUUAGAUCUUGUUCAAGCUUGUAAUGAUGCAUAUGCAGCAACCGAUUCACAACAAGAUUGUUCAAAAGUUCCACUUUACUUUAAAAUUAAUGAUGAUGGAUCAAAUAUUCAAGAAACUGAUGAUGAAAUAUAUAUUGUACCAGCAUUAAAUGAAGAAAAAACAAUAGAUUAUCAAGUAAAUAAUAAAUGUGCUGGUUUUUUCUAUACAACAAAUAAAAUAUCGAUUAAUUCUUGGCAAUUAUGGCAUCUUCCUAAACAUGAUAGUUAUCGACCAUCAAGUCGUCUGUCUUCAAGAUCAUUAUCAUCUAUUUCAUAUCGUGAGGUUCGUCAACGUCGUCGUACAUCUAUACAAUCAAACUCUGAUACUCAAGUAUCUUUAUUUGAAUUUCAAUCUAAACCAACAAAUAAUUCCACUAAAGAAUCAUUAGAACCGUCGGCAAUCGAUCCAUAUGCUCCUGAUCCUAACGUUGUUCGUGUUGAACGUAUAAAAGAUAUAAAUACAGGUCGAGAUGUUUUUGUUCGAUUUCUUCGGAGUAUACCAGAAGAUUUCGAACAAUCAUCACCAAAUCAAAAACCUUCUUAUGAUUUUCAUAUAGAUUUUAAUAACGAAUAUCAAUCAGUAGGAGAACUAUCUAAUGAAAUGAAACAUUUAGUAAUAGACGAUGAGCGUUCUGAAAAAUCGGUCACAACUGAUGACAACCAUUUUCAACAACCAACCACUAUUGACGAUGAAUAUUUAACAAAUACGAUCACAAUUGACGAUGAACAUUCUGAAACACUGACCACAAUUGAUGAUGAACAUUUUACAAAAUCAGACGUGAGUGAUCAUGAACAUUCUGAAGACUCGACCAUAAUUGAUGAUGGACAUUUUACAAAAUCGAUCAUAAAUGAUUAUGAACAUUCUAAACAACCAAUCACCAUUGAUGAUGAACAUUUAAAAAAAUCAGACGUACGUGAUUAUGGACAUUCUGAAAAGCCGGCCAUAAUUGAUGACCAACAUUUUAAAAAAUCGGACAUAAGUGAUAAUGAACACCCUAAAAAGCCGGCCACAAUUGAUCACCAACAUUUAAAAAAAUCCAGCAAAGAUGAUUAUGGACAUUUUGAAAAAUCGAUUACAAUUGAUUAUGGACAAUUUGAAAGAUCGACCAAACGCGAUUAUGGACAUUUUAAAAAUUUGAACCCAAUUAAUAAUGGACGUUUUGAAAAAUCGGCCUUUAGUAAUUAUGAACAUUCUGAAAAACCAGCCACAAUUGAUUAUGGAUAUUUUGAAAAAUCAGCUCCAAUUGAUUAUGGGUAUUUCAAAAAAUUGGGCAAAAAUGAUUCUCGAUAUUUUGAAAAAUCGGCCACAAUUGAUUAUGGACAUUUAAAAAGAUCAGACAAACGUGAUUAUCGACAUUCUGAAAAACCAAUCACAAUUGAUUACGAACAUUUUAAAAGACCGCACAAAAGUGAUUAUCGACAUUCUGAACAAUCGGCCACAAUUGAUUAUGGACAUUCUAAAAGAUCGAACAAAAGUGAUUACCAGCAUUCUAAAAGAUCCAGCAAAAGUGAUUAUCAACAUUCUAAAAGAUCGAACAAAAGUGAUUAUCAACAUUCUGAAAAACCAAUCACAAUUGAUUACGGAUAUUCUAAAAAGUUGGGCAAGAAUGAUCAUGGACAUUCUAAAAGAUCAGACAAAAGUGAUUAUCGACAUUUUAAAAAACCGACCACAAUUGAUUAUGGACGUUCUAAAAAACCGGCCAUAAUUGCUGAUGAAUAUAUUGAAAAAUUGGGCAUAAGUGAUUAUGGACAUUAUGAAAAAACGCUCUCAAUUGAUUAUGGAAAUUUAAAAAAACCGAGCAAAAGUAAUCAUAGACAUGUUGAAAAAUCGGGCGCAAUUGAUAAUAUGCCACAAUUUAUAACAACGGAUCAUCAACGAAAAAAAUCGAAGAAAAGACAUAAAAAACACAGACAUCAUAGUUAUGAAGGUAUUCAUGAAGUUUUUGAAGAUCAUCAUAAAAAAAAGCAUUCGCAUAAAACUCACAAAAGUCAUCGACAUAAACAUCAUGAAGUUAUGAAUUUAUCUGCACCUGCAUUACUACAACAACAAUUUCCUACGCAAUCUUUUAGUACGGGAUAUCCAUAUGAGUCGAGAUCUCGAUAUGACACGUCAUUUGUAUUCCAUACAUUACCAUUACCUUAUCAAUCAAAUGUUAUUGAUGAGACUUCUCCAUAUCGGCUUUUUUAG